AGUACAUAUAAUAUAUAUAUAUAUAUAUAUAUAUAUAUAUAGAGAGAGAGAGAGAGAGAGAGAGAGAGAGAGCAGAAGCUCUCUAGUUGCUUCCUCUUCUUGUCUCCCCCAAUUUAGUAGUAUUUCAGAGAUUGGAAUGAGAGAGAGAGAGAGAGAGAAGUGUGGUACCUGUCUGUGCAGAAGCUAUAAAAAGAUGAGUUUCUGAGCAGCUGGGAGCUUAUAUAUUUAUGUAUUCUCUCUGACCCUUUAUCACAGUCAGUCUCCCCACUCUUCAACGUACCCAAUAACGCCCAUAACACAUUAACAACUCUCCCAUACCGCUUCGUCCCUAUCCCCUCCUUUUUCUCUUCCUUACCAAAAUUAUUACAAUCUUUCUGUAUCUACCCAGAACAGAGUAUAUACACAGAGAGAGACAGAGAGACAGAGAGAGAGAGGAUGAAGAUCCAAUGCGACGGGUGUAACAAAGAAGAAGCCUCCGUGUUCUGCACGGCGGACGAAGCUGCCCUGUGCGACGGCUGCGACCGCCGCGUCCACCACGCCAACAAGCUCGCCGGCAAACACCUCCGCUUCUCCCUCCUCCGCCCUUCCCUCAAGGACUCCCCCCUCUGCGACAUAUGCCAGGAGAGAAGGGCAUUCCUGUUCUGCAGAGAAGACAGAGCGAUUCUGUGCAUAGACUGCGACGCUUCGAUCCACAAGGCCAACGAGCACACGCAGAAACACAGCAGAUUUCUUCUUGCGGGGAUCAAGCUCUCCCCGUCGUCUUCCCUCUACCGCCCAAUUUCCACAUCGACAUCCCAAAUCUCCCAACUGCAGAAACCCAUUGACGAUUCCAGCUCCUCUGAUCACGAAGCGAAAGUACCUUCCGCCGUUGAGAAGAAGUCAAAUUCAUCAACAAUCCAGGACGAAAAUCAAAUAUGCCAAGUGGGUGCUUCGGUUUCCACCAGCAGCAUAGCAGAGUACUUGAUAAAGACAUUGCCCGGAUGGCAAGUCGAUGACUUUCUCGAUCCUUCUCCUGUUCAAGCUUCCCUUGGUUUCUGUAAGACUGGUGGUGAUCUUCCUCUGUUCAUGGACGAUAAUUUGGAGAGCAAUCUGGGUUCUUUCCCGUCAGAAGAUCUGGGGUUGUGGGUACCCCAAAUUCCUCCUAAUACUAAUUUUACUCACGCGACUGUGAUUAAUGGAUUCAACGAGUUAGAAGAAGCAAUCAUCACCAAGAAAGGCAGCCGGAAAUUGAGUGAUGACUGCUUCACAGUUCCUCAGGUGAGUAAGAAGUCCAGGCAAUUCUGGUAAAGAAUUUGACCCUCAACCUCUCUCGUUUGCUCUGUUUGAUGGUGAUCCGUAGAUGAUGAUGAUGGUGAUGAUGAAGAUGAUGAUCUAGAUUUUGUACCUGGCUGGCUCCAUCUGGGUUUGAUUUUUCUUUCCUGUUAUUUUCCCUUUACGUGCUUGUUUUAGCCAGCUGAUGUGAAUUACAGAUGGGAUAAUCGAAUUUGGCUGCUGUUUUCUUCA